AUGCGCACUACAACUUUGGCUACUCUCGCUUUGGGCGCAGGUGCUGCGUCUGCAGCUUCUGUCAAAAGAGCAAGCAGCUUGCCGACAGUCUCGGUCAAGGGAAAUGCUUUUUUUGCCGGCAACGACCGAUUUUACAUUCGUGGUGUCGACUAUCAACCCGGUGGUUCCUCGGACGUGGCUGACCCAAUCGCCGACGAGGAUGGCUGCCAGAGGGACAUCCCGGAGUUUCAAAAGUUGGGCAUCAACGCGAUCCGAGUCUAUACUGUUGACAACACGGCAAACCAUGACACCUGCAUGAAUGCUCUGGCAGAUGCUGGCAUCUACCUGAUCCUGGACGUCAAUACCCCCAAGUAUUCCUUGAACCGAGCCGACCCCGGCCCAUCCUACAACGAUGUAUAUCUUCAGAGCGUCUUUGCCACGAUUGACGCCUUCCAAGGUUACAGCAACACCUUGGCCUUCUUCUCGGGCAACGAAGUCAUCAACGACCCCUCGACCUCCGCAGCUGCGCCGUACGUCAAGGCUGUCACUCGUGAUAUCAGACAAUACAUCCGAAACCGAGGCUACAGGACCAUCCCUGUGGGCUACUCUGCCGCCGAUGUGGCCGAGAACCGUUUGGAAAUGGCCGAGUACAUGAACUGCGGCACGGACGAUGAGCGUUCGGAUUUCUUCGCCUUUAACGACUAUUCCUGGUGUGAUCCUUCGUCUUUCACCGUCUCUGGCUGGGACCAGAAGGUCAAGAACUUCACGGGCUAUGGUAUCCCCAUCUUCCUGUCGGAGUAUGGCUGCAACACCAACACUCGUGACUUUGGCGAGGUUGUGGCUCUCUACAGCUCCCAAAUGACCCCGGUCUACUCUGGUGGCUUGGUCUACGAGUAUUCCCAGGAAGCGAGCAACUACGGCCUUGUCGAGAUCAAUGGCAACUCCGUUGACGAAUUGCCUGAUUUCGGUACCCUUCAAAAGCAAUACGCCAGCAACCCUAACCCUAAGGGUGAUGGUGGUUACAACUCGACUGGCGGCGCAUCUGGUUGCCCUGCUUACUCGUCACCCAACUGGCUUGUCAAGGAUGAUUCUCUCCCUGCCAUCCCUGACGGUGCGCAGAAGUACAUGACUCAAGGCGCCGGCACAGGACCUGGUCUCUCUGGUGCUGGCUCUCAGAAUGCCGGUGGUGCUUCUACUGGAACCGCCACCGCAGGCAGCGGAGCUCCUAGCCAGACCGGCGGCUCUGGCACCAGCAGUGGAACCAGCAAUGCAGCCGUUUCCGUCAUGGUCCCCGAAAUGUCGUUCGCUCCUCUGGUGUGCGGUGCUCUCGUUGCAAUGUUCACGCUGUUUGGCGCUACUUUGUUGUAA